AUGUGUUGGUGUAUUAGAGAAAUAAUUGAAUCUGUGCCUUGGAGGGACCGGAAGGCUGCGCAAAGUAUAAGAGAAAACCACAUUUCCACUGCCAAAUAUAAUCAAUUUAGCUUGGUGUCUAGUCCCUCUUUCGCCCUCGGAGAGACCAACGUCAAAGUGCCCAUAGGUCGUGACGCCAUUCUCAACUGCACUGUGCACAACUCAGGCAGCCACAAGGUGGCUUGGAUAGACUCCCUGCGUGGCGUUGUGCUCACCGUGGAGGAGGACGUGGUGACAGGAAAUCCUCGCGUUGGCAUCAGGCACUCGGUGACCCCCAAUGGUGCCGACUCGUGGGUGCUGAGUGUCAAGGCCGUCACCAUGAAGGACGCUGGCACCUACAUGUGUCAAGUCAGCACCAAGGCGGGACUCAGGCUGCUCUACAACCUUUCUGUCGUCGGUGAGUAA